AUGAAACAUUUGCAGAUUGUCUCCGUGUCGGCGAAGAACAAGGAAUGUGUUAGCGAUAUCGCUUCAAUCUCACAGCUCUCACUUAUUUUCGCACUUAUUAUUCAACAGCCAAAAGCAAUUCCAAUGGUAUUGGAGUCGUUGUUGUCAUUAUCAUCGAACGGACGAGUUGUUAAAGAAACACUUGAGUACGGUGGAUUGCUGUACAUAUUGCAUAUUCUGUGCGAGGCGAAUCAAGCGGAUUCGGGAGAGGAUCGUAUACGUGCGGCUGAGUUGCUGGCAAAAUUGCAGACGGAU